AACAUGCAAUAUUCUUUUUAAGACAGGGAAAAUCUAUAUUUGGUAAUGGAUUUGCUUUCUGGAGGAGAUCUGAUAUAUCACAUAGGAAGACACUGGAAAUUUGAUGAAGAACAAACAAGUAUAUGGAUAUAUACAUAAAGCAAGAGUUUUUCAGCGGGUGUAUCGUAGUAGCACCUGCACCAAUAAGGAGUAUUGCAUAGAGAUCUUAAGCCAGAGAAUUUAGUAUUUGACAGUAAUGGUACGUUUCAUUUUUUUAAUCGGACUAGGAUAUCUGAGAUUGACUGAUUUGGGAAUAGCCAGAAUAUGGAAACCCGAGAAUUCUCAGGAUACUAGUGGAACUCCUGGGUAUAUGGCUCCAGAGGUUAUGUGUAGUAACUCAAAAUUUGCUAAUAAUAGGACAUAAUCACUGAGUAGCAGUAGAUUACUUUGCACUUGGAGUGAUCAUAUAUGAAU